AUGUCAUUCUCUUAUGCCUCCAUCGGCGUCGGUCUCUCCAUCUCCAAAGUCGCUGGUGGUGGUGCGCACGCAAGAACGGCUUUGACAGGAGUGACGGUCGGAGUUGACGUUACAGGUUCUGAGAAAGUAUGGAGAACGUUCCAAGCGAUUGGAGACAUCGCGUUUGCCUACGCCUACUCAACCGUUCUAAUCGAGAUACAGGACACUCUGAAAGCAGGUCCAUUAUCAGAGAACAAAUCUAUGAAAAGAGCAAGUCUUUUAGGUGUUUCCACAACGACCUUCUUCUACAUGCUAUGUGGUUGUGUUGGUUACGCUGCCUUUGGUAAUGACGCACCGGGAAAUUUCCUUACCGGUUUUGGUUUUUAUGAGCCCUUCUGGUUAAUAGACUUUGCCAAUGUGUGUAUCGCGGUUCAUCUAGUCGGCGCCUACCAGGUCUUUUGUCAACCCAUUUUCCAGUUUGUUGAAAGCCAAAGCGCAAAACAUUGGCCAGACAACAAGUUCAUCAGAGGAGAAUACAAAGUCCACGCCCCUUGCUAUGGUGAUUUCAGUAUCAACUUCUUUAGAUUGGUUUGGAGGACAUCAUAUGUUGUGGUCACCGCAGUUGUAGCCAUGAUCUUCCCUUUCUUCAACGAUUUCUUGGGUCUUAUUGGAGCAGCUUCCUUCUGGCCUUUAACUGUUUACUUUCCCAUUGAAAUGCAUAUUGCUCAGAAGAAGAUAAGGAAAUACUCUUUCACUUGGACUUGGUUAAAAAUCUUAAGUUGGACUUGUUUCCUCGUCUCCCUCGUUGCUGCAGUUGGAUCUGUGCAAGGACUCAUACAAAGCCUCAAAGAUUUCAAGCCUUUCCAAGCUCCCGAAUGA